AUGGCACUCAGAACUCUCAAUGCCAAAAAUGCCGGAGCAUUGGACAAAGACCUCAUGAGCAUCGGAGCCUUCUCCCUUGAUCAAUUGAUGGAAUUGGCCGGCCUCUCGGUCUCUCAAGCAGUCUACCGAGUUCAUCCACCAAGCAAUGGAAGGAAGAUCUUAGUGGCAUGUGGACCCGGCAACAACGGUGGCGAUGGCCUCGUUGCCGCUCGUCAUCUUUGGCACUACGGAUAUCAACCGACCAUCUUCUAUCCCAAGCAAAGCAAGAGCGACCUCUACGAGCGUCUGGCUACUCAGCUGAAGAAUCUGGACGUGCCAUUUACCGAAGAUUUUAAUGGCUCCUUGAAGACUACAGAUCAUGUAGUAGACGCCAUCUUCGGAUUUAGUUUCUCGGGCGAGGUGCGAGACCCUUUCAAGGAUCCGAUCAUUGCUAUGGAGACCACCAAAGUCCCUGUACUAUCUGUCGACGCACCAUCGUCAUGGAGUAUCGAAGAUGGUCCGCCCGCAUCAGGCCCAGGUGCCAAAUUCCAUCCAGCAACUUUAAUCAGUCUGACUGCACCAAAGCCGCUUGUUAAGCAUUUCACGGGCACGCACUUCGUUGGUGGAAGGUUCAUACCGCAGUCCGUCGCAGAGAAGUAUGAUCUAGAUAUUCCAGAUUACCAGGGUGUGGAUCAAAUCGCCGAGAUUGGCGGUACCGGUACGGAGGCCAAGAAAGAAAAGGUCGUGGGGCUUGCGGAACGGCAAGGCUACGACGUACGAGAGUCUACAAUCGAAGCAGUCCACAAUGCCCUCUACAGCGAUCUUACGUCCUGCCGCAGCCUUGUCGAGUCGUUCAUCGCCCGCAUUGAAGCAUACAACCCCACCAUAAAUGCCAUCAUCACACUGAACCCAAAUGCAUUAUCAAUCGCGGACGAGAAGGAUUAUGCUCUGGCCGCCGGAAAUGCAACCGGGGCUCUGUUCUGCAUCCCAGUGCUAGUGAAGGACAAUUAUGAUACUUCGGACAUGAAUACAACAGGCGGAUGUUUGGACCUCGCAAAUUCCCAACCAACAGUCGACGCAGCCGUUGUUACUGCCCUGAAAAACGCUGGCGCCAUCAUCCUAGGUAAAACGAACCUCCACGAACUAGCUUUGGAAGGCUUGACUGUUUCAUCGCUCGGCGGUCAGACGGUCAAUCCCUAUGAUCACACCCGGACCCCAGGUGGCAGCUCCGGAGGCACAGGCGCGGCGGUUGCAGCAUCUUUUGCCGUUUUCGGCACUGGGACAGACACAGUCAACUCGCUGCGCAGUCCCGCAAGUGCAAAUAGUUUGUUCAGUGUUCGACCUACUAGGGGUUUGAUAUCUCGCGCGGGUAUCAUUCCCAUCUCUUUCACUCAAGAUGCCAUUGGACCAAUUGCUCGGAUUGUUGAUGAUCUCGCUGUUGCUCUCACGGUCAUGGCAAGCGUUGGCUACGAUCCUGACGACAAUGCUACAGCCUUGAUACCGUUCAGCUCAGUUGGUCAAGACUACUCUGCUGCGCUCUACGGCGGCUCUCUCAAAGGCAUGCGUUUUGGCCUGGUCGAAGGCUUCUUCAACCGCACAGCUAGCAACGAAACAACACCGGUCAAUCAAGUUUUCAAUGGCGUAAAUGCUACACUUACCAACGCUGGUGCGACCGUCGUCACUAUUACGUCGAAUAUUUUCAACUCCACUGCCAUUAGCAACGCCUUUGAUACCCAGAGAUUCGAGUACCGUCAAGAGAUGGAUACGUACCUAUCACGGGCUUCCCUCCAGGGUACACAUCCAUCAACAUUAGCCGAAUUGUACUCCAGUGGCAAAUACCUCGUGAUACCAAGUCAAUAUUCCUACGUCGACACUUCUCUCGUGUCAUCGACCGACAACAUUACUUACGCAGGCAUCAAACUUGGGAUCCAAAAUCUCACAGUCGCCCUCGAGAAUACGUUCAAGGCCCACUCGCUCGACGCUCUAAUCUACCCCGAGCAAGCCAACCUCGUCGUCAAAAUCGGAUCGCCUUCUCAAUCCGGCCGCAACGGCAUCCUAGCCGCGGUCACCGGCUUUCCAGUCGUGACCGUUCCGGCCGGCUUCUCGCCAAGUACCGCGGAUGCGCCGGUAGGGAUCCCGAUCGGUAUGGAGAUCUUGGGCAUGCCGUGGACGGAGGCGAGGCUGUUGAACACGGCGAAAUUGAUCGCAGAGGUGAAGAGAGUGAGGCGGAUGCCGAAAGGUACGGAAGCCGCCGUCGAGAGCGUGCGGUUGGGAGAAGUGCCGAAGAUCGUGCCAGAUACGAGGGAUAUACCUAGGGCUUAUCCGGUGGGGAUCCUGUAG